AUGCUGAUAAAGGGGUGCACAACAGAUGAGGUCGUAGCACGGUUUUGUACGGAAAAGGCGCUGGAGCUAUGCGAUGAAAUCACACAGGAGUUCGCCCGUUUUUAUGCAAAGCCGGAUCCUGAUCGACAUAGCAAUAGAUUGGAGCGGCCGAUGGAUCCGGCCAAAUUUCUACGAUUCAUUCUUGUCCGCCUAUCAUAUCUUUUCCGGAUACUGAUCGAAUUGAAGAAUGCUGGUUGUGUUGGCCCUCUCCCCGAUGACAUGUGGCCGUUGAUCAACGAAUUUUGGGAGAAGGUCAUGGCGGAUGAAUCGGCCGAAGAAUGCGACGAAGACCAAUCAGAAUCCUGUCAUAUAAUC